AUGAAAGACUACAAUCGCUUGAGGAAGACUUUGCACCCUGGCUCCGACAGAGUUGCUACUCAGCUCACUGCUCUACUCACCGCGUGUCCUCUAUCUUUUCUAUACAUAUACGACUCAGACUGUGCUCGAAUUGCAUCCGGAAUCUUGCGCGGGGUGUGUGAAGAGCUUGCCGGGGAGUCUACGCGCUUCAGGUACGCGUUUGCCAACGCUGUGGCCUGCUUCACGCCGCGCCUGUUCUACGACACAGUCCUCAACGCUCUCUCUCACCACACGCCAGACUGGGAAGAUGGCUGCGAAAACUGGGCCGGGACAAGCGUGGAGGGGCAAAGGUGGAACGAGAGUAUUGAUACAUUCUUACACGGCUUAAGAGCCAUCGCCGCCGAAGCGCAGGUGGGCGAGUCGAACGGCAAGGGAAAGGCCCGUGCGAGCGUGAAUGGUGCUGGAGUCGGGGCGAGAUGUAAAUUUGUUCUUGCGGUAGAGCGUCCGGAGCGACUCAAGGAGAACAUGUCCGAGCUCAUAGUGCCCCUCACGCGUCUCGCUGAACUAUCUCAAGUUGACAUCGUUACUGUUUUCGUGUCUGACGUUCGCUGGGAGGACAUCCGUCCACCAUCGGGAGCGUCGCCUGAACCUCUCUACAUAGACGUGCCCGUUCUUUCCAAGCAAGAUGUUCUGGACACGCUAGCGUCCUACUUUCCACCGGACGAGUCGAGCCUUGUCAACUCAAACAUCGAUCCCGACACCUACAAUCCCGUCUUCCGGCCGCUCUACGUCCACUUCGUAGCAACAGUCUACAGUAUCUGCGGGCCAUUCACGCACGACCCGCACGAGCUCGCCUACAUCGCUGCGGCGCGCUGGCCAGGGUUCAUCCAGCCAAUACUAGACGAACACAGGCAACGCUUACGCGAGUACGAGGAGUACCUCGCGAGCCGAAACGAAGAUGGCGAUGCCGACGCGGAAGACAUGGGUCCCCCUGAACUCGUCGCGCCGACAGAAGACGCUCGCCUCCGCCUCAUCCGCCUCUUCACGCCCUCUCUGACCGCCGCCCUCGAGGCGCUCUACCCGCGGCUCACCAACGCCGCAGACUGGGCCCGCACCCACACACCGCCCCCGAACCUGCUCACCAUCCACCCCUCCCAGGUCCCCGUCGCUUUCCGCGCGGCCGCCGCCGGUCACGCAGAUGGCACAGACGUCAGGGGCGUCGAUGGCCUGCCGCGGAUGGCGAGGUUCGUCCUCGUCGCGGCGUUCCUGGCGAGCACGAAUCCGCCGAAGAGCGAUGUGCGAAUGUUCGGGCGAGGUCCGGAAGACCGCAAGCGACGGCGCAGAAAGGGAGGAGGCCCGCGCAAGGGUCGAGCGGGAACUGCCACGAAGAUUCCUCAGCGGCUGCUUGGCCCCAUAUCCUUUGGACUCGACCGGCUACUGGCCAUCCUAGGGGUGCUGCUCGAGGAGAACGACGCAGAGACGCGGCCGUCGGCGCCGCAGUACUCUGUGCCUGGGGAGUAUACCGACGUUGAGAUCUCCCGUGUGGCGAUCUUCGCACAAGUGAUGGAAUUAUCUUCGAUGCGCCUGUUGAUGCGAACCUCUCCGCCGGAGAAGAUCGACAGCGUGCCUACUUUCAAAUGCGGGAUCUCUUACGACACGGCGCUCAAGCUCGCCAAGGAUGUUGGUAUACCAUUGAACAGCCUGGUAUGGGAGGGUAUACAGUAUGGUAACACGUAA